UGGAUGACUAGGGCUAAUUCUGGCCUCCUAAUCCUGGUCCCAUCUACCCUCCCCCUCUUCCUGCUUGCUAACUCCACUGCGGCAGUAAGGAGCAAUUGACGCCCAGGUAGACAUAACUAUCUCAUACACACACACCGCUUAACCCACUCAAGUUUACUGAGGAGGAACAGGGGGAAAAAGAUACAGACCUGCCGGUACCUUUCUGGAUAGCUAACCUGGGCGACCUGGAUAGCUAACACACCUGUGUGAGCCUCACUGGAGAAUGUAGCUGCGGCCCUUAAGCCAAGCCACAGGAAACACGCCACCAUGGGAGAAGCUCAAAAGCAGGGCUUACUCUCUGUCAUUGAGAAACUGAAGGGAUCCACAGAACAGGAGGUCAGGAUAGUGCUUCUGGGGUUGGACAAUGCCGGUAAGACCACCCUGCUGAAGAGCCUCGCCUCUGAGGACGUGAACACCAUCACACCUACACAGGGCUUCAACAUAAAGAGUGUCGCCUCUCAUGGUAUGAAACUCAAUGUCUGGGACAUUGGAGGACAGAGGAAGAUCAGGCCCUUCUGGAAAAAGUACCUGGAGAACACAGACCUGUUGAUUUAUGUUAUUGACAGUGCAGACAAGAAGCGGUUUGAGGAGACGGGACUGGAGCUGUCCGAGCUGAUUGACGAGGAGAAUCUAAAGGGCGUUCCGGUGCUCAUCUUUGCCAAUAAGCAGGAUCUGGCCACAGCAUCACCGGCCAGUGAGAUUGCCGAGGGACUCAAUCUGCAUACGUACCGAGAUCGUGAGUGGCAGAUUCAGGCCUGCUCAGCUGUGUCUGGGGAGGGAGUCCAGGAUGGCAUGAACUGGAUUUGCAACAACAUUGUGAAUAAGAAGAAGAAGUGAACCAGCAUCCCAAACAACACCAUUAUUUUCACACAAGGGAUUGAAAAAAAUAUCUCACCUCAUUUAAUGUCAACACACCUCACCUAUGACUGAUCCUUGACCCCCUAACAGAUUUGAAUGAUAAUUUUGUUUUUACAAUUUGUGUCAUUUUUAUGAAUAUUUUGCAAAUGUAGCAAAUUUAAAGAAAUGUUUGAACUACAAUAAGUGAAUUAGACACUUAUUAAUCACUGUACUGUCCUCAAAAUGUAUGUUUUUGAUCCCCUUAUCCCAAGGAUCCUUUGUCUGGUGAAUCUGUGUGCUUUCCUGAAUACUGAAAAAAACCAAGAUGAGUGUGUAGCCAUGUAGAACUGUUGGGGUUUGUCAGUUACACAGACUCCAGUUCAGAGUGAGUGUAAAAUAUGUGUGUUGAGAUUUUUGACAAUAAAAUCCUUAGCCAUUUCUGCUA